CGCACGGGUCGGCGACCACGCGGGUGGCCCGUCCAGCGCCGCUGCCGCCCAGCCACAACCGCAGGGAGGUCCAGCUGGCCGCCGCACUUGACAGUGGGGCUGGAGAAACCCGCGUUACCGGUACCCAAGUACGAGGGACGUUCAUGGUGUGCAACACAUGGACACCAGUUGUGGUGGUAUGAAACAAGCCGUGGUGGACCUCUUCAGCUCAGAAAUCGCAAAGAGAGUUUUGUGGCCACCAUAGAAGACGACAUGAGGGGAGGGCAGCUCGGACUCUUCUGCCUCGUCUGCCUGCUCAUCCUGCUCAUCGUGCUGCUCCGCUUCUCUAAAAGGCUCCGGCAACAACUGUCCGUGGGCUACGUGCCGGCGGUGGUGUGGCCGGCGGGCGUGUGGCUGGUGCGCCGCCCCCCGGCCGCCGCCCACCACCCGGCGCAGCUGCAGCUGGUGGCCGUCCACCCCCACCUCCGCCCCCAGCCCGCGCCGCCGCCGGGCUGGCGGAUACCGCAGCCGCAGCAGCCGCCGCCCUGGCCGGACCCGCCGCCGCCUUACGAGCACCCGCCACCGCCCCCGCCGCCCCCGCCACCUCCGCCGCCUUCGGAGACCACACCGCGCCCCUCGGCGCCGCCCAUAUCGCCACGCAGGGCGUAGCACUGUGGUGACCUGGACCGGGCUGUCGACUGAAAGUCCACUGUGACGAAGCACCUUGAGAUGUCUGUCUGUGAUACUAGCACUAUGAUUUCCUUGCACCUCAUCCAUGCACCUUUGAUUAAAAUACAGAGAACACAUACAGAAUUU